CACAAGUGGUCACUGAUCUGAUCACAUGGAUAGGAUGUUAAUGCCAGGUGUGAACAGGGCCUAAGACAAUAAACUAUGACUUAACUACCAUGCUAAAAUGACCCACAAAGUAUGGUUGGGUCCAAAUAUGGGCCAGAUGUUUUUGCCAUCUGAGUAAGGAGCACCCUUUUCAACACAAAAUAGAGAAAGUGGAUGACUUACACCCUUGUGCACACCAAUGAGGACUAGAAGGCUGCAAGUGCACCACUGUGUACAGAGCAUCACUCUGUUAAAAUGAGCCUGAUGAAUAUGGUGAUCCUCCAGCUCUAACAAUGAUGGUUGUGGUCGAAAGUUGAUCCAUUACGCUUUGGGCUUACAUGCAUGCACAUUGUAGGCACAAGCAAUCGUGCAUAGUCUUCGGCAUUCUUGCAACGUGCCUUUUGGGGCGAUAAAUCCUAAACGGGUUUAACUUUAUGACUUGUAAUAUGCUAAAAUUGACACAACUUGGCAAUUUGUAGUGGUAUAGGCCUGUGGUUUUCAAAGUGGGGGCCGCCAGGGGGCGCCGGGGGGGCCUCAACAAUUUGGUGUGAAAAAUAAAUAAAUGUCUGUUUUCUCUUUCUCACUCUCAGACACACACACACACACACACACACACACACACAAAAAAAUGAAUUCCUAAUGUAAUGUAAAGAUGUAAGAUGUCAUUAUUAAUAAAAAAAAAAGGGGGGGGGGAUAUAUUCAGAAGUCUGUAUUUUUUAUGUGUUUUAAAGACAUCUUGCAAAAGGGUGGCCUCAGUCAUAUUUUAAUGCCAUUUGGGGGGCCUUGCCCUGGAAAAGUUUGGGAACCCCUGGUAUAGGCUAAUUCAGGUUUAAGUCCAUAUUUCAUAUUCUCAUACAAAAAAACGUUUAAAACAUGAUUCUGUGUAUUAAACCUGCAUCGAGAAACAAGUUUUAUUGAAAGGUCUCCACAACUGUUUUAUUUCUUAACAUAUACUUGCAUAAAUGCUCUCUUAAUGCUGGUGAUUUCAUCGGUGACUUUAGUUAAUGCAACCCGAAGACUUUUAUUUUGAUAGAAGCGGAGAUGAGGUGAACGCGGAAUUGUUACUUAAUUGACAAACCUACGAAUUAGCAGUUUAGCACGCUCGAGUUCCGAAAAGGCCUCUAUCGUUUUAUAGCACUACGACUCCAUAUUUUUUUUAAAAUAUCUUAUCAUUUAAUCUGUCACAACAAUCUACCCAGCGCUUAAGGAGAGGAUGGCGAAUUACCGCGCAUUUCACACACAGCUUACGACCAUCAUGGAAACCCUGACUCGGGCAGCAGUGGCGGAGAUCUGUGAGCUUGUGGAUGACGGAUACGCGAUUUUACACAUGGAGAUUUCACGGCAUCAGAAGGAGAACGAAGAACUCAGGCGGAAACUUCAGCUGAUCGAGUCCAUUGUUGCUGCGCGCGGAUACAGCGAUGAGACCGCGGCCGUGCAGGAGGCCACGAGCCGCCGCGCUCGAGCGGAGUUACGAGAUUCAGAGGAGCAGGCUCUUGUCACAGUGCAAGUCAAAGAGGAAGGUCAGGAGCCACCAAAUGAUGAUGAUGAUGAUGAUGAAACAGUUGCUGUGGUAACUGGUGACUCUCCAGAUGAGGAAGUCAUAGAGCUCUUGUCACAUAAAGUCCCAUCAGAUACAGCCUCUGCAAAUGACAACCUCCAUGCACACUCACUCACAGAUACACACUCCCCGAGUCUUCCCCCACACAUACUCACAGACACGCACUCACACACUGAGGAGUCACAACACUCCAGCGUGGACCUGACAGCCUCUGAUGAACCUCUCUGUUCUUUUAACACACAGAGUAAUGUGCACUCACUAUCUGACACGCACACUGAUGCCACUGGUCAUAGCUGCUCAUUUCCCGAUAAGAUGUGUACGAAGAGAGAGCCUAUGGUGUCUGAUCUGAAUCUUACUUUGGACUGGAGCACACACACAGUGCAUAACACACUAUCACAUUCCCACACUUCCUCAGCUGGAAAUGUCACAAGGACAUUUGCUGCCCACAGUUCCCCUCUCUAUUCUGCACAGCACUUGCUUGGACUGGGUAAUGUGGCUGGGCUGGGGUUGUUUGGAGGACGUGGUUCCUUGCAAGGGGUUGGAGUUGGUAAGAGGCAUUUUAUCUGUUCCAUCUGCGGCAAGAACUUCACCACAGCACAGAGCCUAGACACACACAUGCGCAUACACACAGGUGAGCGUCCAUACCGCUGUGAACAGUGUGGCAAGCGCUUUACUCAGUCUGGUCACCUUACAGCACACCAGACCGUUCACACUGGAGAAAGACCGUAUGAGUGCACACACUGUGGCAAGCGUUUUGCAGGCAAGCAGUACUUGCGAAUACACACCAAGAAACACCAUCCUGAGUAACAAGAUUUCAGACACCACAGAAAAUACACACUAAUGUGUGUGUAUAUAUACACUAAUCCAUGAUGCACUACACUGAGUACUUGUGCUUACUCACACAUACGUGCACUGUAGUGGACAUUGAAACAAGCUAAUGCACGAAUGAAAUACGUGUUUAGAAUUCCAACACACUAAAACUACUGCACAAAUGUAUUUUGGAGUUGGCUUAUUAGCAAUGUUUCAGUUACAAAAUCUAAAUAUAAAUUGAAAUUAAAUGACAAUUCUACACAAAAGAUUUAAUUUAAAGUCAGGAAGGCCUUUUGUAGGCAUAUAGCGAAGAACAUGAGCUACUGGUGAAGUUCAUGAGUACUACAGGGACUGAACUUGGUUCUGUACACUACACAGAGGAAGAACACACCGGAAGAAGGCAGGGAAUUCCACCUGUCUCUGCCAUAAUAAAACAUACAUGUAAAACACAAGGAAAGCAUCUGAUUUUUUUUUAUUAUUAUUUUAAACAUGGUUUUUCCUUAGGGAAGAGAUCAUAAAUUUGGUCUGAUGCAUUUAUCUUUGGAUGGCAGAAUAACGACAGACGCUUGGGUCAUAUUUUACCUACAGUGGGUGUAAGAAGAUGAGCCACACAACAAAUACACAAUUGAAUGUUGGCUUUCACUUUGAUUUACAGACUGCUGAAGCUGUUAGAGCUCAGGGAUGUUUAUGUAGCUCAGUAUAUUACUACGAGCCAUGCAGUAGCAGCUGUUCUCUUGAUCACAAAAUAUGUUUCUUGCAGCUACAUCUACAAACCCAAUUCCAAAAAAAUUGGGACAGCAUGGAAAAUGCUAAUAAAAACAAAGAGGAGUGAUUUGUAAAUGUAUUCUGACUUGUAUUUAAACAAAAAGCAUAUAAAGACAAGGUAUUUGAUGUUUUACAUAAUCGAAUGCAUAGUUUUUUGAAGAUAAUUGUUUAUUUUGAAAUCGAUGCAUGCAACAUGUUCCAAAACAGUUGGGACAGGAACACCAUUCGCCGCUGCAUCCACAGAUGCGAGUUAAGGCUUUACUAUGCAAAGCAGAAGUCAUACAUCAGCACAGUCCGGAAGAGCCACCAACUUCUCUGGGCUCGGUCUUAUCUGCAAUGGACAGUAGCACAGUGGAAUCGUUUUUUGUGGUCCGACGAGUCAACAUUUCAAAUAGUUCUUGGACAAAACAGCCGUUGUGUUCUCCAGGACGAAGAGUAAAAGGACCAUCCAAGUUGUUAUAAGCGUCAGGUCCAAAAGCCAGCAUCUGUCAUGGUAUGGGGAUUUGUCAGUGCCCAUGGCAUGGGUUACUUGCACAUCUGUGAGGGUACCAUUAAUGCAAAAAGAUAUGUACACAUUUUGGAGCAACAUAUGCUGUCAGCCAGAGCAGGACAACGUAAAACCAGAUUCUGCCCGGAUAAUAAGUGCAUGGUUGCAUAAGCAGAGUGUGGGUGCUAACAUGGCCUGCCUGCAGACCUGUUCUGUCUCUGAUUGAGAAUGUGUGGUGCAUUAUAAAGCGCAAAAUAAGGCAAUGAAGGCUCUGUACAGCUGAGCAGCUGAAGAAAUGCAUAAUGGAUGAAUGGGUGAAAAUUCCACUUGCUAAACUUAAUCAACUGGUGUUGUCAGUGCCCAAACACUUAAUAAGCCUUAUUAAAAGAAAAGGUGAUGUUACACAUUGGUAAACAGUCGACUGUCCCAACUUUUUUGGAGUGUGUUGCAAUGUGUUUUUGAUAUAGCACAGGGUGAUUUGAAUUUUCAAAUGACUUUUUGUUUUUUUCAUUUUCCAUACUGUCCCAACUUUUUCGGAAUUGGGGUUGUAUUUAAGGUGGAACUUUGGUAGACUGACCCUGUAGCAGUCUUCAUCUGACAUGUAGUGCAGCUAAGCAGAUACAAACACUUGCAUGUAUAAAAUUCAGAAUAAGUUUUAAAGAAGUUAAUUUGUUCUUGUUAUUCUUUAAUAUGAUGUAUAUUACAUCUAAGGCCUGGGUUAUACUUGUGGUUUAUACAUGUGACUAUGCAUGUAUAAGCUUGUCCUGCACAUUUGGAGGAUUAAAAGUGCCAUCCUUUAGAUGGAACAUCAAAGCCAAAGCCUCCUUGUCCAUCAGGUGUCAAUAUUGACCAAUAAAAUAUUUAGCAACUUAAUUUUAUGUUUGUGCAGUCACUUAGAGAUAUUAAAUCCACAGUUGCGCUCUGUUGGUUUCUUUUAAAUACUGUUCAAUUCAGUUUUAUUUGUAUAGCACUUGUAACAAUGGAUAUUGUCCCAAAGUAGCUUUACAGAAUAUAUGAAUUCAGGAUAUAGAUUUUAAAUGUAUGAAUUUAUCACUAAUGAGCCAGCCAGAGGCAACGGUGGCAAGGAAAAACUCCCUGAGACACUAUGAUGAAGAAACUUAAGAGGAACCAUCCUUAGCUGGGUGACACUGGAUAGUGCAGUUAUAAAUAAAUCCCUUCUAUAACUGUGUACUACAUGGUCAAAUAGUGCAAUUGUGUAACCAGGAAAUUCAUUACAGUUUUUACAUGAAGUAUGUUUUGUUGAACUUAUCCACUGUUCACUGAUGGAGACUUGAGCGAAAAACUGCCAAUUGCAGUCUUAAAGCUAUCAUAGCGUAACUGUUCAUAUGAAUUUAGGCCCAAAGCCACCUUUAUGGUUUUUAAAUGGUCCCAUUCUCAGUAAUGUCAAUGAUCUUUAGGCUGCACUAUGUGGGGCUAUCCUCAGUAAUCGAUUCUGCCUCCAUCAUAAUCAUGACCUAUGCCUUGAGUCAAAAAAUAUGACCUUCCAUUCAAAUAUACUCAGCAAAAAAGAAAUGUCCUCUCACAUUCAACUGCUUUUAUUUCCACCAAAUUUCUUAAUGCGUAAAUAUUGGUAUUAACAUAAAAAGAUUCAACAACUGACACACAAACUGAACAAGUUUCACAGACAUUUGAAGAACAGAAAUGGAAUAAUGAGUCCCUGAACAACGGGGGUGAAUAUCAAAAGUAACAGUCAGUAUCUGGUGGCCACCAGCUGCUUUAAGUACUACAGUGCAUCUCAUCCUCAUGGAAUGCACCAGAUUUGUCAGUUCUUGCUGUGAGAUGUUACCCCACUCUUCCACCAAGGCAUUUGCAAGUUCACGUCUGGGGGGGGGACAUGUUUUCACUGCAAGGACGAUCAACUGUCCUUCCUGUCUCCCCUGCAGCACUGUAUUAGGCGUCUUACAUUACAGACACUGCAGUUUAUUGCUCUGGCCACAUCUGCAGUCCUCAUGCCUCCCUGCAGCAGGUCUAUGGCAUGUUCACGCAGGUGAGCAGGAACCCUAGGCAUCUUUCUGCUGGUGUUUUUCCAGAGUCAGUAGAAAGGUCUCUUUAGUGUCCUAAGUUAUUGUAACUGUGACCUUAAUUGCCUACCA